AUGCUGCACAUGCAGAAGCGCCAUGGGCUCUCUAUUCCAAAUCUCGAAAGUCUGAUAGUAGACCUGGAGACGUUGAUCAAAUACUGUCAUCUCGCCAUGGUCGAGUACAAGGAGUGUCUCUACUGCAGCUCCGUCAGGAACACAGCCCAGGCCGUCCGGCAGCACAUGACGGGCAAGUCACACUGUCGGAUCGACAUUGGCAAGCCAGACUCAGAAUUUAGAGACUUUUAUGAUCUCGGCUCUAGUUGUGGCAGAGACAGCGAGCACAAUUUUGGAUGCCGGCGUUUCGCCGACUCGGACGAAGACAGCAGAGAGUUGGCAUCUGGAAAGGUCGUAUCGCACCGAAAUAGGAAGAAAGCUAAAAAUCACCGGAAGUCUACUCAAGGCCAGAGGAAAUCCAGCGACUCACUGCUGGUUGGUAAAAGUUCACUAAGAGAAGACGCAUCGACAGCCUUGACAGCAAGUGAUGAUAGCAAGAAGGGUCUGACGGCAGCAGCCGUCAAGCGGAACGGAAAUUUUGAGAAGCAAUUAGCCACGCUUCGCCCAGCCGAUCGACAGGUCUUGUCGCACUUGCCGCUCCCACAACAGAGGGCUCUGGUAGCCAAGGCGAAGAAACAGCAAGAGACUUGGAACAGCGAGCAGGUGGCGCAGAAGAUUAAGAUUCAAAUGAAGGCCAGAUAA